AUAGGACAGUUAUUGCAUUCCAAACCACCAUCUGCGUCUCUCCUGGUUCUUAUGGACACAUUCACCAGUUUGAGUGCUACUACUUGGUCACUGUAUUAAAAUACGAUAAGUCUCAUGCAAAUGUAGUGAAACAGCCUGAUCUUUUAGUCUAGACCAAGCAAGUUCAGGCUUUGGCAGUACUCAGUGCUUGCCGAUCAUGUCAACAAAUCAAGUCCUCGGAUUUCAGGAGCUUUUUGGCUCCGCAUGUAGGAAGGCAUUCAAGGACGGAUGGGACGGAUAGUUACACGGCCGGAAAGCAUCGAGCCUGUGCAUCCGACCCGUGUCCGCGUGUGCCGUCCGUCCUUCUCAUCCGUCUCUUGCAAUAUAAAAGACCCCUUGUGGAUGGCGUAGAGUUCAUCUCAUUCUUACUUGCAUUCUAUCACCACCUUUUAUCAAAGGUCAUUCAUUAUCUUCGGUUUUUUUUUUCAAUCGCCAUGGCUCCCCAAUCUCGCAGUCUGCCGGACAUGACGCGCGAGUUGGUUGGAAUGGACAAUGGUAGACCUUUCAUAAUGCUUAAUCAUCUUGGUACGGGUGGAUAUGGCGCUGUCUAUCGAGCUCGCUAUCUCACCCAAUCCCGCGCGACUGGCAUCGUUGCGGUGAAGGUCAUGAGACAAGCUCCUUCGCACACUCGAUUGGACGCUAUGCAUUGCCGCGAGGUGAUGAAUCAUAAAAAGGUCUCGGCUCAUCCGAAUGUCGUGAACUUCAGGGGAAUCGUCCCUAACCGUGCGGACUACCUCUACAUCAUUAUGGACUUUUGCCCUGGUGGCACAUUGUUCAACCUCGUCUCUGCGACCCAUAUCUUUGCUCGCAAUGAUGCUUUGGUCAAGGAUAUGUUCACUCAAUUGUGCUCUGCGGUCGAGUUUUGUCACGCCAAUGAUGUUUUUCAUCGUGACUUGAAACCCGAAAAUGUCCUUAUCAAUGCUGAGUGUACACAGGUGUACCUCACUGACUUCGGGUUGUCGACCACCCUGGAGGAGAGCAAAACAUUUAAGCUUGGCAGCAAACACUAUAUGUCACCAGAGUGUAUCAAUAAGGAGGGUCUAGCGGAGUCUUAUAGUUGUAGACGUAGUGACAUUUGGGCUCUCGGAAUCAUUUUACUCAACAUGGUUUCGGGACGAUGCCCAUGGAGCGAAGCGUCCCUGGAGGACGCUUGCUUCAAGUUAUACAUGCGUAACCGCAACUUCCUUCGGGAACAACUCCCAAUCUCCAAAAGUCUCAACAACAUUCUUCACAAAAUCUUCACCCCAAAUCCAUCCAUGUCUAUCGGGUUGAAGGAAUUGAGUAGAUUGGUCAUGCAAGCAGACACGCUGUUCAUGACCGAGAAGGAGGUUGCAAAUGGCCCUUCUGCUGUUCAGGAUUCCGCGAAAUACCUCGUUCGUGAUCCAGCAGAGCCGCUGAUUCCAGUUCCGGAGAGACUGGUCUCGGAAGGUUUACCCCUUUGGGUUUUCCCUCCCAGUGGCUCAGACAGUUGGAGCACCUCUAGCUCUAAUUCGGACUCUGCGACGAACAGCGAUGCCGACUGGGAGGACUCCGUCCCGGGGCUUCGUAUGCGCAGAAUUAUCCCUCUCAUCACCGACCCAGACCUUCAUGACGGUCAGGUCGCCUGGAGACGCGACAAAACUGCCGCCGCUCAUUUGGAGAGACCUGAGAUGGAAAGUCGUUCACCUUCUGCACCCACAACAAUCCAUAUCGCUCUACCUUCGUCAAAGAAGGCAUCACCAGGUGUGAAUGCACGAGUUUCAUCCUCGAGCAGAGGGUUAUCAACGUCCUCAUCUUCUUCAUCCAACCACGAUACAACGUCGGGUUCAUCCAACUCGAGCCGGAGUCAGGGUUAUCGUACCCUGACUCACGAAAUUGUUGUGCCGUCGAGUAGUAAACCGUGGAUGAGGCUAGCGAGGCGUAUGAGACGUCUCAUUGGCCAGAUGGCUUAGUUGGUUGUCACCAAAACACCGAUGCUGGCAUCGGUGAAGGACAGUCAUAGCUGAACUAUUUUGAUAUGAUAUAUUUUUACACAAUUUAAUGGGCUUUUUUUCAUGAU